ACUUCACGUUGUGCGGUUGAGUGCGCUCAGGACAAAGAAAAGAAAAUAAUUCGUAUUAGUUUCUUAAAAUUCAAAGCUCUGAGAUGAGGUCAUGAGAGCUGAAUGUCUCCCAGAAGGUACGGUACAUUUGAUCAACGAUACAUGUGUUGUUACUUUCAUUCGAUUGGCAGCGAGGUAAAGCCAGCAAUAUUUUUUUUCUACUCCAAGCUGCUGCUGAAGCUAAAAGAGCAAAACAUGUGUCUGUUUGUGCUGGCUGAAGCUAGAUGUGUAGAGCGAGAGCACUGUGAUACUCUGAGUUGACUUAGAAUCCCAGUAUACGGGGAAACAGGCAUAUUAAGUGGGAUCUCAGUGGUGUGUACAGUGUUUGACUCUGGGUGCUUCUUAAACCCUAAGAGACAACAACGCUGUCCUGCCAAGUACAGCCAAACACAGACGCCCAGGAGUCUGCUCAAGGUCUCUGCAACCACACAGCCCACUCUUUUUCCAACUUAGAUUCAGGCUGAAAUAGAGCGAGUUGAGGCAGAAACAUGAGAGCAGGGCACAACCUCUUCGGUUGACAGCGAUUCAGUCAAAAAAAAAAUGGGACGAAUUUAUAACUGCAUGUUUUUCAUUCUGGAGUUUCUGUGUUUCUUGUUGUCGUGGCCAACAUUUCUCUUGAUUAUUCUGAGCUAAACAGAGAAAUGGCAACGCUUUUGUUUCUUAGAAAUUGGUAAACAGGAAAUUGAGGCUGUUCACUAAACAUUCUCUCUCUGUCUCUCUCUCCCGUCUGGUUCUUACAAUGUGUUGGUUUGUCCGCUGCGAGGGGACAGAACAACAACAGCACAAUGUGUCUGCCGUACGUUGCAUGAUAACUUUCUCUGUGUGUCACUCUUCCUGUCCUUGAUCCCGGCCGGUGCCAAAACAGGCGACACAUCCCAACAUGCGGACGUACUAUUUUUGCACAGACACAGCCAAAGAGAUGGAAUCCUGGAUGAAAGUAAUGACAGAUGCGGCACUUGUGCAUUCAGAGCCAGUCAAAAGGUUGGACAAGCUAAAAGUGGAGCAGUGCGGACCGCAAGAAAUCAACCAUGUGGCCAACCACAAGCAGCCACUCACACAGCCCGAAAUUCAGAACAAUGAACGCAACCGUGAGGUUGACCGUGAGCGCAUUGCUUCGGUCUCGUCCACCACAGAAGAAGAGGAGAGAAAGCAGCGAGACGCUGAGCGUUACGGCUUCCAGAAGGACGGGGCAGAGCGGGAGCGUCCGCUCACCAAAAUCAACAGCAUCAAACUGCAGCCGACCCAAGCGGCGGCCAUCAAGGCCAACAUGGCCUCGCCGCAGCCCGUGACCGAGAGUGACCGGUCGCCCCACGGCCCCCAAGUGAACGGAUCCGGAGAGCAGUGUGCGGUCGAUGGGACCGGAGUCACCCCUCAGAAAAGUCCCGCUAAUGAGCCAGAACGCAGCCUAAGCAGAACCAGCUCUAUGCAGCAACUGGAGCAAUGGGUUCGAACCCAGAGAGUCCGCGGUCAGGACGACGACACCAGGAGCAUCACAUCAUACCAGACACUGCCUAGAAAUAUGCCGAGCCAGCGGGUCCCCUACAUGCCUCACUAUGGAGACGGCUACCGCAGCAUGCCCAGGAAUAGCAUGGCGCAGCGGGACAGCAUCUGCAGCAUGUCGCCGUCGUUGUACGACCAGGCCUUGGGUCCCUCCAUGGUGGAGAAGCGUCGCUCCAUGCGCGACGACACCAUGUGGCAGCUGUUCGAGUGGCAGCAAAGGCAGGCCUACAGCCGGCCGCCCAGCCUCUACAGCAACAUGGCCAGCCCCAAAACCAUGAUCAACCUGUCAGACCACGCUGUUCCGAGCCACUCCAUCCCACCGUCACCUUCUCACGGCUCCCUGUCCAUGUACGGGGGCUACUCUCCGAUGAGAUCUUACACCAUGGGCAACGCUCGCUCCGAGGUUUCCUCUCCCAUCUACAGGAGAGACAUGAGCAUCGACAGACGGUCCAGGCCACCGGUCAACAAGUAUGCCUACCCACCUGACAGGAGGUCUAUGCCUGCAGGGAUCCCCAUGCAGACCAUCACUGCCCAGUCUCUCCAAGGCAAAACACCUGAGGAACUGACUCUGCUGCUGAUAAAGCUGCGACGGCAGCAGGCAGAGCUAAACAGUAUCCGGGAGCACACUGUAGCACAGCUUAUGCAACUAAACAUGGAUGGCAACAACCCAAAGAACGACAUUCUCUCCCAUCACCUCCAGAGGAACCUCAUGUAUUUGGAUAAUCAGAUGAAGGACAAUGAGCCUUUAAUCGUCAUGACUCACACUUUGAUUGAGAACUCUGCCCCAAGGCCUCAACUUUACCAGCAACUGGGUCCAGAAGACUUCAGGGAGCAAGCGUACACAUGCAUGCCAGACGAAAUGGACACCGAUACAAAACUUAGCAGGUUGUGUGAGCAGGAUAAAAUGUUGAUGAUACAAGAGGAAAAACUUCAGCAGCUGUUCAGAGAGAAGCACACCCUGGAGACGGCGCUCCUGUCAGCCAGCCAGGAGAUAGAGAUGGGCUCUGAUAACCCUGCUGCCAUGCAGAGCAUCAUCCAGCAGAGAGACUUACUGCAGAGCGGCCUCCUCAGCACCUGCAGAGAGCUGUCCAGAGUCACCGCUGAGCUGGAGCGGUCUUGGAGGGAUUAUGACAAACUGGAGGGAGAUGUGACUCUGGCUAAGAACAACCUGCUGGAGCAGCUAGAAGCACUGGGAAGCCCUCAGACGGAGCCUCCUAGUCAGCAUCACGUCCGCAUCCAGAAGGAGCUGUGGAGGAUCCAGGACGUGAUGGAGGCCCUGAGUAAAAACAAGGCUCAGAGAGCUGCUGCUGAGGGGAUGGGUUUCUACGGGCCCAAGGCCGGCUUCAGUAAGCACAAAAGCGAGGAGGAGGACUCGGCACCCCCGCGGCCACCCCUACCUCAGUCCUACGAGCCCAACCCCCCCACCGUGCCCCCUAUGCCCUCUCAUGCUGGUGUGCGCCCUUCAUCACUCCACAGGCCAGAGGACAGGAAGGCCAAUCACAGGAAUAGCACGCACAGCCAGGGUCCCGACUACAGGCUGUAUAAGAGUGAACCGGAGCUCACCACCGUGGCUGAGGUGGAUGAGAGCAAUGGAGAGGACAGAUCUGAACAUCCGUCUGAUCGAGAGCAUGGUGGAAACAAAGGGAUGUCCUACCCAGUUGGCAUUGUCCCACCCAGAACCAAAUCUCCAGUGCCUGACUCUUCCUCUAUAGCUUCAUAUGUUACACUGAGGAAGAGCAAGAAGCCUGACCCUAGGACGGAGCGUCCUCGGAGCGCAGUGGAACAGCAGCUGUGUGCCACGGAGGGCGGCCGGCCGAGGAUGAGUGUGGAGGAGCAGCUGGAGAGGAUCCGUCGCCACCAGCAGGGGGCCCUCAGGGAGAAGAAAAAAGGCCUCAGCAUCCGGGGUGGCAGCCAUGACAACGCGCCUUCUCGCAGUCACUCAUUUACGAAAGAAAACCAUUUCCGCAGCAUGCAGUCCCAAAUGAGGCGCAGAGAUGAGGUGAUGAGCAGUGACAUUCUGGAGCUGGAGGCCUCUCUCAGGCAGCAGGAGGUGGUGAGGGAACAGGAGACACCAGCCGAGGAAAUUGCCCGCCUCAAAGAAUCCUCGCAGGCGGAUCAUUUUAAUGUGGACCGAGAGCUUUCUGUGCCUGACAAAGUGCUGAUUCCUGAGCGCUACAUUGAAUCGGACCCUGAGGAGCCUCUGAGUCCCGAGCAGGAGGCUGAUAAGCAGAGAAAAGUUGACCGCAUCAAAGCCCUCAUAGCCAAAAACAGCAUGCAGAAUGUGCUGCCUAGUAUGGGUCUGAGCCCGGACGACGAGAACGAAGAGGAGGUGAUUGUACAGGAGAAGGAGAAGCUGAUUAAUAUCUCCUACGAGCUGGCAGCAGAGGCCUCCAAACGCAGCAAGCUGGUAGCAGUGAGAAGCCUGUCGUCCACUUCCCCACCCCUUCCACAGUCUCCAACCACACCCCAUCAACUCACUGAUGGCUCUCACUUCAUCACAGGCAUUGGCCUCAGUGAAAACCUACACAUGAAGGAAACGGCGGGUGUGGUGUAAAGCAGCUCCUGAAGAGUUCCCCCAAGGAGAUCAGCACAAAGCCUUGACCUACAGAGAGUGAAACUGCCUACUCCAUACUCACAGGUCUUGACCUCUGACUUCUGUAUUCUCACUGUGACGUCUUAAGCUCCUAUGCCACUAACAUGCCACUUUUUUUUUUGUGACAUUUCUCUGUUAUUGCAACACUCUCCUCAACCUGGCGAGACAACGCGUGCUUUCAUACUGUUGCAGUUUCAUUUUCAGUUUUUACAAGGCUUUUUAUGUAAAUUUUUUUUUAUUAUUUAUAUGGUUUUAUUAGGUUCCUAUUUGAAUGUGGCCCGACGUCUAUCUGUAUAUAUCGGAGGCUAAUCGACUGAGCUCUGUUGUGAGCCUAAUAUAUUUUUGGGCAAAGCCACAUUUUUUCCAUUUAUGUUUUGUCACUCGUUCAAAUAUGUUUCGACGACACGUUUCCACUUCCUUUUAGUUCAUUUACGUCUUUAACAAAUCAGUUUUUCAGACACUGGCCAUUAGCUAACCAGUAACAUUUAUCCAUUUAUUGUAAAGAACAUUUGACUAUGCGAAGAUGAGUAGAUAUGAAUCCCUCCAUUGUAAUAAAAGGAGGAGCUAGUUUAUUGCUGCAGACUAAGAUUAUUUGUAAUUUCCCAUGUUUCUGCAUUAUAAUUAUUUAAAAAAGGAUCUGCAGUCCCUGGCACAGUGUUGCCAACACGUGUGAAUGUUCUGACUAUACUGUCUUUUUAUUGCUGAGAAAUAUAUUUAAACUGAGAAAAGGAAAAUAAAUCAGAGCUUGAUUAUAUUUUAUGACACGUCGGUUUGAAGCCCUGAAAUUCAAAACAACAGUAAAGGAUUAGCACGUGUAAAAAGCAAUAAAAAUAUAGCCUUUGAGAUGAGACCGAGAUAUUUUUUUUGUGUGUGUGUGUGUGUACAAAGUGUAAUUAUCAGAGGUUUACUGUGUAUAUAAUGUACAUGGUACAGCUGGAUGAGAGGAUAUGUCCAACAUACGGUAACAGAUUUGAUUUGCAAAUGUUCAUAUCCCAUCUGUUUUAUAUCAUGUUAAAUAAAUGUUUCUGUUCUUAA